UUUCAAACUCAGCGAAUGCUGUAGUGCAUAUUACAUAAUACUAGCUGUGAGUAUAGAUGACAGCUCGUUAUGUACCUGACACUAUGGGGUGGGUAUAUUUUUUUGCUGCUGGUGCCUUCUUAUAUGCUCUGAGUCAUAAUUAGAGCGCCGGGCGUUGCUCUGCCCUCUAGUUCGUGCAUUGCCUCUCGAAGUCCGAAAUUGAAGCUGUGGGUAGUCGACGUACACCUACAGGAGCACGAUUUUUCAAAUCCCCUGGUGAUUAUGACCCUUCGCCUAUCUUUAGCAAAAAAUACUCCACUCCAGACCACGUUCUCUUGCCCAGAGCGUGCCAUACACUACACCUCUGACACAGUCACACGUAAUCAACCCUUCUGUGGAAGUAAAGCAACCACGACCGUUCGGAAAAACGUUGUUGGAGAAUCUCUCCACGUGGGCAUCAUUGAGUGGCCAGCCAACCCCAAUGACCAGCCCGCAGUGCUGGUGGGGUCUAGGACAAUCGAGAUGAUAAAGACGGGACUAUAUACAUCUCCUGAGAAGUUUCAGGGCAUCCACGGCGAGUGGUAUGAAUGGCAGAUUCGCGAGUGUCGAGCGCAACUCGUGCCAUUAAAGGUCGCUCGUUCACAGGCAUGCAUCGCCACUUUUGUCACUACGCUUACGCAGGCUUUGUUCAGGCGCAAGGAGUCUGCUGCGCUUCUUAUAUCACCAGAAGCAGUAGACAUCUUGGAUGAUAUUGUUGUCACCUUCAUUUACUUUGAGAGUCAGUGGCGUGAGGGAGAGCGAGCUAAAUCUCGGUCGUGGGACUCAGGUUAUGCUGCUGGUGCGGCUCUCUAAUGGACCUUGUACUCAGUGACUGGAUCACGUCUAACAUAUAUAUCUGCAGAUGACAAGCGGUGGCCUUCGGUCGUUACUUUUUAUCAUGUUAUUCCACUACAAAAGCCGACAAUUUGUACACUAUUUGCACUAUCUUUCUCGUUUGCUCUUGAAAAUAAGCAUACACGAGUUGAUGCAGUA